AUGUCCCGCUCCAACGAUGACCCGAGGAGACAGGUCCAGGUCUUGCCCGAGAGAAUAGGAAAUGUCGCCGACUCCGAAUUCCCAGGUCACUAUCCCGGAGAAGAUCAUUCGUGGAAUUUGCAGAAGUUCAAGAAGAAUCUCAUCUGCUCAAUCCAACGGUUGACACCCUCGACCGUCGAAUUCGACCUGGUUGGCGUGGAUGCGUCGAUAGCGAACGCCUUGCGGAGAGUGAUGAUCGCCGAGAUACCCACCGUGGCCAUCGAGACCGUCUACGUCUGGAACAACACCUCCAUCAUGCAGGAUGAAGUACUCUGCCACCGGUUGGGCCUCAUCCCACUCAAAAUAGAUCCUCGGGAGCUCGUCUACAAAAAAUCUGCAAACUCGGCUCCACACGACCGCGAUACAGUCGUGUUUGACCUCCGAGUACGGUGCGACAAGAAGGACGGGUCCAAAGGCGAGACGGACCCCAAAAAGAUGUACCACGACUCGAAUGUGUAUACGGGGAUGCUGCAGUGGCAGGUGAACGAGGAUCAGCGGAAACGGAUGGGCGGGGAGGCGCCGAGGCCUGUGGAUCCGGAUAUCCUGUUGGUCAAGCUCCGACCGGGACAAAUGGUCGACAUGCACUGCUUCGCCAACAAAGGUACCGGCGCCGACCACGCCAAAUUCUCUCCCGUCGCCACAGCUUCUUACCGCCUCUUACCACACAUCAAGCUCCGGGGACCGAUUCCUGAAGAACACCAGGAAAAGUUUCAAAAGUGCUUCGUGCCGGGCGUCAUUGCGAUCAAGGAGGAUGAGUACGGCUCGCCGCAGGUCGUCGUCGAGAAUCCGAGGAAGGAUACCGUCAGCCGAGAGGUGUUGAGGCAUAAGGAAUUUGAGGGGUUGGUCGAGUUGUCAAGAAUACGAGAUCACUUCCUGUAUAAUGUCGAGUCGGCGGGCCAGUACCGGCCAGAAGAGCUCAUCCCGGAGGCUAUCGAUAUACUGCUCAAGAAGAUCUCGGACGUCGAAGUGGGGCUGGACAAGCUCUUUGAGGACGAUGCGACGGCGGCGUAG